AUGAAUGGCUGUGGAACGAUUAAAGCAAAAGCAAAAAUUCCAAUAUUGUCGAGAUAUGCUGAUUUGAAAGAGUGGCGUGGUGAAGAUUAUGGACCAGUUACGUGUGAAGAGUUGUCGACGCUACGGCGCAAUUCAGUGAUCCUUUUUGAGAGUGAACUGCAUCCGGGCAAGAUAUCCGAAUGGACACUCAGAACUGAUCCGAGUCGUGAAAUUAAGUAUUAUAUUUGCGUUUUGUGCAGACGUCUUCAG